CUGAGCAGAGGGAGGUCCAAGUGCCAUUGUUCAAGGGACAGCAGACAGCAUGCCUCCUGGGGGGGCCCAGCACCUGCCUCAGCCACGGAGUGUGCAUGAGCCAGAGCGCUGGGCAGGACUCUUCCUACCGCCCCAGGGUCUCAUUUGCACUUUGCCAGACUGGAUGGAGUGGAGGGCUCACAGGAGCUCCAGGUGCAGGCUGCAGAACCAGCACCCCCUCCGCCUCUCCCAGGCAGUCCCUGUCCCUACUGCCUGAAGGUACCAGUUCCAGUCCUCUGUGGUCGCCAGGCCAUUCUUCUCACCUCCAUGCUUCCCUGGCCUACAUGUGCCUCUGCCCGUCUCUCCAGUCCUACUCUCCCCACCCCAGCCCUGGACUUGGGCAGGGCUCUGUGUACAGUUGCAUAUUUAUUGAGCUUUUGGUUCUUUUAUAAAGACUUGUGUAUACUCCACUGGAAAGAGUCCUUUGAUUUUAGAGCCUGUCCCCUUACUGAGGUACAUGUAAGCUCCCAGGAUGGACAGCUCCAUGCUCCCAUGUACCCCCAUCUGCAGUGGGACACCAGUAAGAAGCAGUCUUGAAAAGGGGGCGGGGUGCUGAACCAACACCCCGAGACCAAGCCUCUUCCCCUACCACAGCCACCAGGACCACCAUUAGAGCCCCUCACAAGGUGCCCCUGGGCCCUGCUCUGGGUGCCCCCCACCCAGACUUUAUGGAAAGGUGGGUGACAGCUCUCAGACUCUCCCAAGGAUACUCCUAGGACUCAGAACAAUCCUUCCCUGGACCCAUACCUGGGCCUGAAUUGGUGGAUCUCAGGGUUGGAGCUAGACCUAGGCUGUGGCCAGGAUGCCACCCUGUCCAUCUGCCCCUCGUGGCAGCAGGCCACCCAGAGCGUCCAGCCCACCUUGGAUGAAGCCGCAGCGCUAAGUGAGUUAAGGUGCACCGGGGAGGAGCGGCCCCGCCCUGGGGGGGCGGGCUCUGCAGGCACCGGAACCAAAUAGGGCAAUGGGGUGAGCCGGGAAGCCCCGGUGCUGUGCAGUGUGGUGCCCCACUUUGCUCACGCCCGUCAAAGGGCCCAGCGCAACGUGGAGGGCCAUGGAGCCGCAGCCAGGGGGCUGCAGGGUGGCGGUGGCUGCGCCUGAGAAGAGGGCUGAGCUGAGGGCAAAUGCAGGGGUCUCUGAAGUAGAGGAACCUGGGCAGGGAGACCCCCACUCGGCGCAGCCAGGCUGGAAGUCAGCAGCAUCUGCCCCCCAGGCUCUCCUCCUGGUGCUGCUGGGAGCUCAGGGCCAAGGCAGCAGUCCUAGCCCUGGGUGCGACUGUGCCAGUGACGGGCAGAAGAAGUAUGGUCAGUUUUGUUGCAGGGGCUGUCCAGCAGGGUUCUACCUGCAAGCCCCCUGCACAAAGCCCUGCGGUGCCUCCAUCUGCCUUCCAUGUCCCCAGGGCACCUUCUUGGCCAAAGAGAACCACCAUAAGACUCGCUGUGCCCGCUGCCAGGCCUGUGAUGAGCAGGCCAUCUCCAAACUUCCUCCCUUUUGGGGUGGCUCUAUUUCUGUCUCCGGCCUGUCCCUGUCUCCAUUCUCUGGGGACCUCCCCUGGCACUCUGUGGCAGUCUCUGACCCUGAUCACCUUUGCACUUGCCAUCUCCCUGCACCCCUGCCAGCCUCCCAGGUGGCUCUAGAGAACUGUUCUGCAGUGGCCGACACUGACUGUGGCUGUGAGCCUGGCUGGUUUGUCGAAUGCUUGGUCAGUCAGUGUAUCGACAGCUCGCCCUUUGAGUGCCUCCCGUGCUUGGACUGUGGGGCCCUGCACCGCCACACACAACGACCCUGUUCUGGCAGAGACACGUCUCACUGUGGGACCUGCCUGCCUGGCUUCUAUGAACAUGGUGAAGACUGCGUGAUCUGUCCCACGAGCACCCUUGGGAGCUGUCCUGAGCCCUGUGCUGCUCUCUGUGGCUGGAGGCAGAUGUUUUGGGUGCAGGUGCUCCUGGCUGGCCUGGCAGUUCCACUUCUGCUCGGGGCCACCCUGACCUAUGCCUACCGCCGCUGCCGGCCUCCCAAGCCCAGAGUUCCUGAUAAAGCUAGGAGAGAGAUCCUGAUCUCACCACAGGCCACCCACUCCCCACCCUCAAAUAGCGUCCACACCGUUCUGAUGCCUGCCAGUAGCAGUGAAAAGGUGUGCACUGUGCAGUUGGUGGGCAACAGCUGGAUGCCUAGCUCUCCGCAGACCCAGGAGACACCCUACUCGCCAGCGAUGUGUUCCUGGGAACCGAUGCCCAGCAGAGCUCUUGCGCCCCCUGCAGGCUCCCUGACCGCAGUGCUCCAGCCCGGCCCGCAGCUGUACGAUGUGGUGGACGCGGUCCCAGUGCGGCGUUGGAAGGAGUUCGUGCGCACGUUGGGGCUUCGUGAGGCGGAGAUUGAGGCAGUGGAAGUAGAGAUCAGCCGCUUCCGCGACCAGCAAUACGAAAUGCUCAAGCGUUGGCGCCAGCAGCAACCCGCGGGCCUAGGCGCGGUCUAUGCAGCCCUGGAGCGCAUGGGGUUGGACGGCUGCGCUGAGGACCUGCGCAGCCGCUUGCAGCGCGGACCGUGAUGCGGGACCCACAUUGGUGCUCUAGCGGCCCUUGCAGAAGCCCUAAGUACAGUUACUUAUGUGUGUAGACAUUUUAUGUCACUUUUUAAGCCCCUGGCACGGCCCUGCGUAGCAGCGCCAGCAACCCUAACCUUGUUCACCCUCAGGACUCUGGUUCAAGGCGAAGAAGCAUGGACGAAUAUCAGGGGAGAGAGUCAGCGGUUUCUUGGCCUGACUUUGGCUAAGCCCUUAGUAUUAAAUCUAAAAAGAAAAACGGUUUCUGGUCAUUUCUGGGGUCGCUGAUGGUGGUAAGUCUCCCUAGCUUGGUGGUUUCCAGAGAAAGUCUAACAGACUGCGAAACCAUGUGGCCCUGAGAAU